GUAUUUCUUGGUACACUUGAGUUUCACUUACUAUGAGCACGACACUAAGGAAAAUUAACGACAUUCUAUUACGCUCGAUCAUACCGUCGCUUGUUGAUUUUUUGAAGUUCAAAAUCGAUUAAUUUGCACACAAAAUUUCCUCUUUUGUUUUCGAUUUCACUUUGUGAAAGUAAAAAAUGGUCAGCGUCUACAACGACUUAAGUUCGGUAACCGAUAAAGCCGAGGCGCCGUUGAAAUCGAACGAUAGAAUUAAUGGUGAUAGUGAAAGGUCAUUGACCCUUGCCGAAAAACCAUCGAAAACCGACACGGAUUUCGAUGAUCUGUUGUCGUACGUCGGUGAUUUCGGUACCUAUCAAGUGUACAUUUUCCUGUUAAUGGCACCGUUCACCGUUUUCUAUGUGUUCGUUUAUUUCACACAAAUUUUUAUCACAUUGAUCCCGAACGACUAUUGGUGUAAUGUGCCGGAACUGCGUCACUUGGAACCUAGUGAUCGAUUAAGACUGGCUGUACCAUUAAUCGACGGGCAAAUGAGCAAAUGUACGAUGUACAUGGUAAACUACACUGAAGUGUUAAACAAUAACAUUACUGAAGCAGAUCCAACCUGGCCGACACAGUCCUGCAAAUUUGGUUACGAAUUUGAUCAUUCCGAAAUCCCGUACACGACCAUCGCAACUGAGUUGGGCUGGGUGUGUGAGAAUGAUUAUCUGCCCACGAUUGCCCAAUCUGUAUUUUUCAUGGGUGCAAUAACUGGUGGCCUGCUUUUUGGCUGGAUGGCUGAUCAUUUCGGACGCGUUCCGGCCCUGAUUGGAACCAAUGUGAUUGGUGGUAUUGCAGGUAUAUUCACGGCAUACACUAAUACGUUUUGGACGUUUGCGUUGUGCCGUUACUUUGCCGGAUUCGCUUUCGACAACUGCUAUACGAUUAUGUACAUCUUGGCUCUCGAAUAUGUCGGAUCGAAAUGGCGUACGUUCGUUGCAAAUAUGUGCACAGCGAUUUACUUCGCAGCGGGCGCAUUGUUAAUGCCUUGGAUUGCUUUGUGGAUUAGCAACUGGAGAACGUUGUCGAUUGUGCUAUCAGCACCUUUGAUGGUUGCAGUAUUUACUCCAUGGAUUGUACCCGAAUCGAUUAGAUGGCUGAUAUCCCAAAAUCGUAUGACGAAAGCCAAGCGCAUAAUUCGACACAUCGAACGUGUCAACAAAAGACACAUCGAUCCUAAGGUGUUCCAGAAUUUUAUCGAAUCAUGCCGCCGGAGGAACGAAACAAAUAAAAACCAGAAAUAUCAUCUGCUCGACCUGUUCCGGACACCGAAUCUUCGGAAAGCCAUUCUCCUACUGAUCGUCAUCUACAUGUCUGUGUCGUUGAUCUAUGACGGAUACAUUCGUAGCAUCACAUCCAUUGGACUGGACAUUUUCAUUGCAUUCACUUUGGCGUCUGGCACUGAGUUCCCGGCGUCUUCUGUUAUCACACUGUUAUUGGAUCGAUUGGGAAGACGAUGGUUUCUGUUUGGCACAAUGAUCGCUUGUAGCAUUUGCAGCUUGGCCUUGUCGUAUAGCAUCAAGGGCAAUGUUGCGCUAUCUGUGACUCUAAUGAUCGCCGGACGAUUUCUCAUCAACAUUGCCUACAAUAUUGGGCAACAAGUGGCCACUGAAUUUUUACCAACGGUUAUCCGAGCUCAAGGCGUAACAUUAGUCCACAAUUUGGGCUACGUGGCGAAUAUGUUAUCGCCGCUGGUAAACUAUUUGCAUGUUAUUGAUCCAUCGCUACCUUUUUGGGUACUGGUUGUUGUUGGUGUAAUUGGAGGUACGUCAAUACUUUUCCUACCAGAAACAACGGGAAGGGAAUUACCGCAAUCGUUGGAAGACGGUGAAGCGUUUGGUCGGAAUCAUAAUUUUUUGGAUAAUCCAUGCACCCCGAUUCCACAAUACGACAAAGAAAUUACGAACAAGAACUACACGAGUCGGCGAUUCAGCGAUUAUGUCAUUGUAUUACAUUCCACGGACAUUAAAACCGAAUUGAGUGGUAAAAUAUAUGGUUUAGCUGCCAGUAAGCAGAAACAGGGUCAGAAAUGAAUUUGCAA